CACUCUCUGCAACUGUAUUGCUGUAAUGCAAAAGUAAGGAGAUAAUGAGGUCAAAGCAUUCAGGAUAGAAGCAAGAGUGCCAAAUUUAAGUGGGAACAACAAUUUAUACAGCGUCGGACACGGUGCUGAUUGCUUGGCACGUUGACCCUGAUGGGUGCCGCGCAGACUACAUAUUUUCAAUUUCUGUUUCCCUUUCUCGCCCGUCCCGUUUCUCAGGAGUUUUUCAGUGAAAACCUAUGGGAGAAAGUGCCACGUUCAUGGAGGGCGACUCUGUCCAAGCUGACUGCCCCACAGCUUUCGACAUUGCUGCUGGAACGAGGACCUUGUGUUGGGCGCGAGUCGGUGUGGCCACUCUCUCUGUUGGCGUUCCGGGCAUCCGCUCACGCGCUGUCCUUCUCCCGCCAACCCUGGGGUGGUGACUCAUUCCCCCCUCCCACAGGGUUGGGCCAGGGGCCAGAGGAAUUUCAGGCCAACGGGAGCGAGAGCUCGAGGUUGAGCCACCAUUUCCGGAAGCAUGUUAAGCCGAAGAAGCAGCAUGAGAUCCGGAGGCUGGGUGCGGUGAGUGGUUGCGACUGGUCUUUGCCUGGGGAUGGAGGGGAGGGAGGAAGAGUGGAGUACCUGAUAAACUAUGAGGGGUAUGGACAGUGUGAAUUGGAAGCAGCCGUUCCCCUCAGUCGAAUGGUCAAUAGCGGUCACCUGUCCCGCUACCUUGCAUUCGGACACGGGCUGCACCUCACCGGGGUGGAAGCCGGAGAGGAGCUGGUCGCUACAGCCAGAAAGUUUGACAGAGAACUGCUGCUGAGCCUGCAGAAGGAAGCCGCAAAGAAAUCGGAGGGUGGUGGAGAUGUCCCAGACGAUAAGACUGCUGGCCACCCCCUCCCCCGUCACCUGGUCGGCCGUGUUGGCAGUGGGGGGUCGGGGCACGACCUGCUCCAGCUGCUGGUGGUGGAGGGCGACCCAAGGUCGGAAGGGGAGGGGAGCCCCUUUGUGCUGACGGGGCUGCACGCCUGUGGGGACCUAGGCCCCACUGCCCUGCGCCAGUUUGCCGGGUGCCCCAGGGUGCUGGGGGUCACCGCCGUCUCCUGCUGCUACAUGAAGGCCACCACCGGGGGUGCCGCUGAGAACGGGUACCCCAUGAGUGCUUGGGUGCGGGGGCUCCCUGAGCACGGGCUGCCCUACAAACUGCGAGAGCUGGCAUGCCAUGCUAUUGAGGACUACGCAGGCCGGCUGAGACGGCAGAGCACUGGGCUGAGGGUACACUGCUACCGCGCCACCCUUGAGACCAUCAUCAGGCAGAUCAACCCCUCACUCAAACGUGCCGGAGUGCAGACACCCAGGAAUGCUCACCUCCUCUCGUUUGAAGACUAUGCCCGGGCUGGCCUGAGCAAACUGGGCUUGGACGCUGAUGCCCAGUGGGACUCCGACCUGGUGAGCUCGAUGCUGGCACAGGAGGCCAAGGUGGUGGCCUAUUUCUGCCUCGGCCUGGUGCUGGCCCCAGCGAUCGAGACCCUCAUCCUCCUGGACCGAGUAAUCUACCUGAAGGAGCGAGGCUUUCAGUGCGAGGUAAUCCCGCUGUUUGACCCCACCUUCUCGCCCAGGAACUUUGUGCUGGUGGCAGCCAAGGGUGUCAGGCGAGUCAGCGACCUCCUUACCUGCCUGGAAGAUGGUGCCGGGUGUGACUGACCACUGUGUCCAGAACUUCGACUAACCCAGGAGACAAUUCCCUGUCUCUGUGUCUACAUGUGACAAUGACAUCCCGGAUCAGAUUCCUUCAGUGUUUAGUGGCAGCGUUGAGAGUGACUUUGAGAGCAAACUGACCCCUGGCUUCAAUGGAGAUGUGGGUACAGCUGGAGAGAAAUGGUGUGAACUUAGCCUGUGUGGACUCUUUCUGUGACAGCCUGACAUGAUAACUCCUGCAACAAAGACAUGCAAACAGGAACAUUUCCUCAGUCAGAGUUGAGAUGGAGAACAACGGUUCCCAUUCCCCCAAAACCUGUUGAGCUGGAAUACAAAGUAGGUCAGUCUGGGUCAUUUAAUGUAGUGGUUCUGCGAGUAAUUCAGAUCCUCAGACAGGAGUUCAGAUCCCACCUCCGCAGACAGAAAAAUUUAAAUACUUAAUUAAAACUGCAGUCUCCGCAGCCAUCAUGAUGAAACUACUGAACUGUUGUUGAAAUUCAUUAAAGGGAGAAGGAAAUCUGCUGUCCUUACCCGGUCUGGACCUACACGUGACUCCAGAUCCCACAGCAGUGAGGUCGACUAUUAACUGCACCCCUCCAAAAUGUGAUCAGAAAAGCCUGCACAAAACGAAAUGUCACCUCAGCCUUGGCCACGAGAUGAUGGAGUGAUAUUUGGGUCCGCGUAGCAUGUGGAGUGCAGUGGUUCAAGAAGGAGCUCACACCACUUUCUCAAGUGCAACUGGGGAGGGGUGAUAAAUGCUGGGCCCAGCCAGCGAUGCCCACAAGUAAUUUAAAAUAAAAGGAUUACGUACAUAAAGCCUUUUGCAUUCAGUUGUGGGCUGCAGAUCUC